AUGGCGACGUCGAGACCGCCAGAGAGGAAGAUGAUCCCAACACGGAUCCUCAUCGUCUCAGACACACACGCCCACCUGCCCUUGGGCGCAAACGAAGGCUCUCCGGUCCCGUUCCGCCGCCCUCUACCUGAGGCCGACGUGCUCAUCCACUGUGGCGACCUGACGAUGAACGGCGAGUUUUCGCAGCACGAAAGGGCCGUGGACCUCCUCACCUCCGCCACCACGGCUAGCUUGAAGAUUGUCAUCCCGGGGAACCACGAUCUCACGCUCGACAGGGACUACUACCGCCGGUUUCCCACCUUACACACCACCUACGGCCCGUACCCGGACGCCACGCUGGACCGCAUCCGCGCGCUGUACACCGGUCCCCGAGCCCGGGACGCGGGGAUUCACUACCUCGAGGAGGGCGUCGCGCGGUUCACGCUGCGCAACGGCGCCCGUCUGGCCGUCUACGCUAGCGCGUACCAGCCCGAAUUCUGUAACUGGGCGUUUGGGUAUCCGCGGAGUGUCGACCGAUUCAAUCACAAUCCCCGACCAGGAGGGGGUGGAACAGGGCCUGAAUGUCCGGUCCCGGACCACGGUGAGAUCGAUAUCAUGGUCACGCACGGUCCGCCCCAUGGCAUCUUGGACCGGGUCUGGCGAGGCGGCGUCGCAGGGGAAGGUGUGGGAUGUGACCACCUCCGCAGGGCGGUCGAGCGCUGUCGCCCCCGGAUCCAUUGCUUCGGGCACAUCCACGAAGCAUGGGGCGCGGUGUGGAAGAGGUGGGACAGCGACGUUGGGACACCUGCACUGCCGCCGCAGGGACGUGAUAUAACAAUGGGUGACGACAAAGCACCGUCGUCGCUGGCUGGGGUAGGAGAGCCAAACCCGCCGUACCACCCUGUGCACAACCCGAACAGCUACUACAUGUAUCCCGACACCGACACCAGCAAGGACACGAAGCAGAACCACAGCAACCAGGCAUUGCGCCCCGGCGAAACGCUCCUCCAGCCCGGCCCCUAUUACGAGGACCAGGUCCGGCGGCGGUGCGCGACCGUCGACGCGCGCGGGCUCGAGUUCGGCAGGGAAACGCUGUUCGUGAACGCGAGCAUCAUGAAUCUCAGGUACAGACCGGCCAAUGCGCCGUGGCUGGUGGAUGUGAUGUUGCCGGAGGACGCUGCUGCGGCGGGGUAG